AUGUCACUCCAGAGCCUCUUCCGUUACUCUGAUCGUGUUGAGCUUCACACUUUCUGCGAUGCCAGUACACGGGUCUAUGGAGUUGCAGUGUACAUUGUGACUGGCUCCGGAGAUGAAUCCUGUGCGAGAUUGUUGCUUGCCAAGUCCCGAGUAGCUCCAUUGAGCCAACUCACUAUACCGAAGUUAGAGUUGUGUGGUGCUACCUUAGCAGCUGAAACCAUUGCCAAGUUCACUGAUGCUGUUGGACCAGAUGCAAUCCAUUUCUGGACUGACUCCACGAUUGUCCUGCACUGGAUCCACAGCCCUCCACAAUCCUACAAGGUAUUUGUAGCCCAUCGUGUUCAGCGUAUCCGGAAACAUUCUUCACCUGAUCAGUGGCGCCACGUAGUGUCUGAAGAAAAUCCUGCAGACAUAAUUUCUCGUGGUGUCUCUCCUUCACAGCUCAUGGACAAUAGUUUAUGGUUUGAGGGUCCUGAAUGGAUUAGAUGUCCAGAGAGAUCAUGGCCACCACCCUUCAAUCCCACUGCCUGUCCUGAGGCCAAUUGUUUUCUGAUCAAGGCGAAGGAGUUUGUCUUUGGAGAUCUACUUCGAAUGUUCUCAUCUAUUCUCAAAGUCCAACGGAUCGUUGCAUACUGCCUGAGAUUUACCUAUAAAGGUCCUCGUCCGCUUCCCAAGACCAAUUUAGCCAUUACAGCUGACGAGAUGGAGAGAGCACUCCUUUUCCUCAUUAAGAUGGACCAACAAAGCUCUCUUCCGGAGGUUUGUGCUCAGCUGGAAAGGAGUGAGGCGCUCUCACGUGAGUGGAAGUCGCUUCAGAGUCUUGCUCUAUUCUUGGAUAGAGAUGGCAUUAUCAGAGUUGGUGGAAGACUCAAGAAUGCGGAUGAGCCCUUCUCGACCAGACACCCAGUAUUGCUCCCAAGAUCCCUACUCACUUAUAGAAUCGUGCGUCAUGAGCAUUCCAAACAGUUGCACGCUCCUCCUACACUCUUAUUGGCUUCCGUUCGCCAGAAGUUCUGGCCAAUAGCUGGUCGAAAUCUUGCCAAGAGAGUUGUGCACGAUUGCCUGAAGUGCUACCUGAAGAAGCCCAAACCUUUGGACCAAUUAAUGGGUGAUCUACCCGACCAUAGGGUAAAUUUGUAUCGGCCCUUCCAAGCAACUGGUGUAGACUUCGCCGGCCCGCUCAACAUGAUCUCUUCCGCGACCCGGGGAGCACGGUCCCGGAAAUCUGGAACCCAGAAAGUCUACAUUGCCAUCUUCGUUUGCAUGGCAACGAAGGCAGCACACCUCGAGUUAGUGUCUUCGCUUUCAACGGAAGCAUUUCUAGCCGCCUUCAGACGGUUCGCAGCCAGAAGAAGUACUCCUCGACAUAUCUAUUCUGACUGCGGGAAAAAUUUCGAGGGUGCUGCAAACGAGCUUAUCCGACUCUUCAAUCAGGAAGCGGCACAACAGGAGAUUGUGAACCGCACUCAGGAUGAUGGUAUCACGUGGCAUUUCAAUCCUCCUGCCUCUCCCCACCAUGGAGGUUUGUGGGAGGCCUGCGUGAAGAGCACCAAGUACCACUUGGUUCGUGCCACGACAUCUUCUGCUCUCUCCUAUGAAGAGUUCCACACUAUUCUAUGUCAAAUAGAAUCCGUCCUAAACAGCCGACCUCUGUGUCUGCUGUCCGAUGAUCCCAACGAGAGGGACUAUCUCACACCUGGCCAUUUCUUGGUGGGAGCCCCUGGAAACGCUCCACCGGACCCGGACCUGUCACACAUUCCAGAAAAUCGUCUCUCAUACUGGCAACAUUGUCAAAGACGGGUGCAGGAGUUUGGGAGAAAAUGGAGACUUCACUACCUCAACACCCUCCAACAAAGACCGCGAUGGAAGAUCGCUCGAGAGAAUUUAAAGGUAGAUGAAGUGAUCUUACUCCUGGAUGAGACGAGAGAGGGUUCGAAGUGGGUGCUCGGACAAGUGAAAACCAUCCAUCCUGGCACUGACGGCAGGGUGAGAGUGGUCUCAGUGAGGACUUCAAGAGGAGUGUACAAACGUCCAAUAACGAAAAUCGCCAGACUUCCCCAAUCUACAGAAGACUCUUCUGGACUGCACCAGGAGGCGCACGUCCAGACCGGGGAGGAUGUUGGGGUUUUAGUGUAA